AUGAGCGGCGAAGGUUUAUCACAACGUGGGGCAGAGUUCCAAUUGCAACCUGUGCCUGCCUCAAAGCGAAAGCGUAGUACAGCCAACAAUGAAAAGCCAAGGAUAUGGUCAACAGCUGUUCAACAGCCAACGAGACAUAUAGUACCUUCAAACAAGCCAGUACGUAUGCGAAGGUCACAAAGUGUUCCAAAUAUGAAAGCAAAGUAUUCCUUGGAUCUUUCCACCAAAGCGCAACAUAGCAUCGCAGUUCCACCAAGGUUGGCUCAAGCUUGGAAUCCGGCAAGAGGGUGGAAGAUUGCAUCAACCCAACAAUCACAACCAAAUCAUACAUUAAUGGCAGGUGGUCUGUCAUCCUCUGGCUCUUCCAACAUUGCAGGUCCUUCAGCGUUGCCUGAACAAGUGCACUAUGCCAAUACCAAUCAUGUGACCGUCGCAAGUCCUGCAGUACCUCAUCAGAGCCCAACCGUUUUCACUCCUUCGGUCUUUCCACCCAUCAAUUCGCAAACAUUAAAGGAACUCGACCUCCAUGAGAUUUUGAAAAAUCCGCAAUUGCGUCACGACUUGGUGUUUGACGCCGAUCUGCAAUUCCGACCUAAUUUCGACGGUGAGAGAGGGAAACGGAAGAGGGAUGUUUGCAACAAGUACUGGCGAGCUGUUCAAAGAGAGAUACAAAGCCGAUGUGCUUGUACUUCUUUCUAUGGCGGUUUGGAAUUGCCAUGUGUAUGCGCUUCUAAUCGCCGUCGUGGAAGCGGGCUAGGAAUGCAACCGAUCGCUGAUCCGCGCUUCUUUGCGCGCAUACCAAACUUGAUUGCAGAAUUACGUUGUAUUUGCCUUUCUAUCCUACCGACAUCUUCCGGUCGAUCAUUCACAAAUGAUCCAAUUGCUUCUGCACCUGCAAUAAGUAAUGGCAACUCAUUCGCCAAUCGUCAACGUGAUGCUCUUUUGUUACAUCGUAAAGGUCUCCGAAAUGAACCUCAGACAGCACAGCCGCAAAAGCCAACUAACAAAUCCGCCGCAACUCCAUUGACGCCAUCUUCAGCGUUUGUAAAUUCUUCGCUUUUUGCAUCACCCAUCACUCAUGCUAGUGAUGAACAAGCUAUCAUCGUACAAUGUCUCGAUCCAGGCUUGAUCAUGCAACAGCUGUACUAUGGCGGUUUGGAUAUCACCGGUUUGAUCACUACAGUCGGUUCAAUCCUGAAGCAACAUUGCGCGCCAAUGCGGGAUUCAUUGAUUGAUAACAUGAUCGAAACAGUGACCAAUCAAGGCGAUGUGACACGAAGCCUACGACAAUGUUUUGAAAUUUUGGAAUUGAUGAAAUUGGACGUGGCAAAUCAUCAAUUGAGCACCAGUCGUAUUUAUUUGGUCGAAACAGCUGCCGAGUUUGAAUCAAGAUGGUUCCGUGAUCAAGUUUGUCGUGGAAAGCUUUCGGUGCAAAGAACGGUGACUUGGUUCACCAAUGCUAUGUCGAAGUAUGCUGAAGAUCUUGAUGCUUCGAUCAGCAAGACGGAACGUAUCUCAAAAGCAUUCGAUGGAGGUGUGUUGGAUUUGAUCUUCGACCCUCCAAGCACUACCUCGCCUAAGGCCACUUUCGGUAAUUUCUCUGCACCAUCACGACUCUCCUCUUUGCAUCCAGUCGGUGCUCAAGCUGUUGCUUCAAUGACUUAUCCGGAAUCUUUCCAAUUUGAUGCUUUCCGUUUGUUGACGUUCCACGGAGAAGUGACUGACAUUACAGUCGUUAGUAUGCUGUUGUUACUCUACCGUCAAUUGGCAUGCUCGCCGCAAAAUCUCGCUUCUACCAAGUUGCCAUUCGAUGAUGAAUCUUGCAAGCCCAGCGCUUCUGCUCUAAGUGCACUGGCGUAUGCUCAACAAGGUAGUAUCAAGGGUGAGAUUUGGACUUUAUUACGAGAAGCCGAGGUGGAGAGGUCGGCUCAAGACCGUAUCACAACGAGUACAAGUACAGCUGCUGUUCCUCCCACACCAGGUGGCGUGGCAAGUAGAGUACUGGACAGCAGAUUGACCUCAUGGCGAAAGGUUGUCGGUGAUAUUGUUUUGCAAAUUGCUGCACGAGCAAUUCAAGUUCAAGUCGAUGCACGCAAGCAGCAGAUGCAAAAGCAAAACAAAACCUUGGAAGUGGACAUGGACGUCUCUGUCGGAGAAUUGGCGCCUUCGCAGGCGACAAUUGACCUUUUGACAAGAUGGUUGGAGACAAACAUUCAUUCAUCCAGUGCGAUGUUCAAACUGUGUCGUACACGUGUUCGUAAUCUGUUGGCCAAACUGACCGUCACGCCACCUCCUGGAAUGGCCAUUCCUUCGCCUCUUGAGUCACCUCAUACACCCUCUCGUUUGAGCCGCAAACGAUCUGCUGUUGAGACUGCUUUGCCCUCUGCUAAGCGUGUCCGACUUUGUCCACCUCCCAUGUCGCCACGCGAGCCAAUUGCAAGUGUUAUCCCUGAUGCCGGAGAUUUGGAACCGUUCGUAGCAGAGAUGGAGUUAUUGGCGGAAAGAAUCAAGAAAGUCAAAUCAUUCCACUUGCAAGUUUAUCGAUCUCACUAUGAACAUAUGGCCGCUUCGCAUCAUCAACGAAAAGCACAAACUCAACGACAACAUUCUCAGCUUGCAAGUACGUCAAAGCAACAUCCUGUUGUAUUUGUAGAUUCGACUGCCGUUUCUUCAGAACAAGAGCAAGCACUUCAACAAGCUCCACAAGAGCAAGAACAACAAAAAGCAUAA